AUGGGCGACGUAGACAUCCAAGCCGCGAGUGCAUACCUCAGACCUCCGUCAAACUAUUGUCUGCUACUCGCUGCGAGACUGCUUCCAGAGCGAGGUAUCUUCGAGCGCAAAGAUACUCGCGAGUACAACUGGGCCAGCGUCGACGUGGACGAGCCCUGCAAAGUCCUUAUCGUCGCUGAUCCUGUCGUGUAA